UCGUUCAGUGACUAACAAAUAACACUUUACAUUUUUCCUGACAUUAAAUUUUAAUAAAUGAAAUCGAAUGUCUUGAAUGUGAAAUAUAGAUCAUUAUUCUAAAAAGAUACACAUUGACGUUCGUAAACAUUAAUUAAUGACAAUUUUAUAAGAUAACUUUUGUUGAUUUUAAUGUUGUCAACAGACGCCAUUUUCCGCGACCGGAUUGGGGUAUCAAUUGCUGUGAAUUAAACACUAAUCGGGUUUGUCGCUCUAAACUCAUAUUACUGUUAAUUUUCAUGUUGUACAACAAUAAAGUUUUUGUUAAAUCAAUACUUGCUACUUUCAUUAUAUAAGAUCUUUAUUUAUGAAUGUUGAUAGUCUACAGAUUCGAUAAUUUUAAAGAAAUACGUUGAUUGUACAAAGAAUAGUAUAAAUGUUUGAUUAAUGAAAAUGGCCAUGAAAAAUAAUUUAAAUACCAGCAUUAAAUCAAGUAGUUAUAAACAAGUAAAACGACCAAACGGUAAAUACGGACAAAUAUCUUUAUAUAAUAAUAUUAGUAAAUGUGAUAUUUGUGGAAAUAAUUUUCAAACUAUGAAGUUAUUUGAUCACAUUAAAGAAUCUCAUUGUCAAUACUUUUGUAUAGUAUGCAGAGCUAGAUUUAUCAAGCAUAAGGACUUAAUUAGUCAUCUACAAGAUAUUCAUCAGUUAGUAGCUUCAGAGUACAUAAAUAAAGCUCAAGAUGUAUUUAGCGAAUGUGUAAAUAAAAGAUAUUUUGCACGACCUAUAAGCACUUCUCGACUUCCAAUUCCACCUACUUCAACAUCUCAACUAUCACAAAGUAGCUCUGAAGAUGAUGAAUUACUCUUAGACAAUUUAGAUGUGUUAGAUGUAGUUUUGGGUUGUAAAAUGUCUGAAAAUACCAUAGAAGAAAUAGUUAUCAAUGAAAUUAUUAACUCAAUAAUUAAUGAAGCUGUUAAAGAUGAAUUAUUUGAACACACAUUGCAAGAAACAAGUUGUUCUGACAUUUCUAUAGCAGAUGAGACUGGUACUAAAAAUUUAUUAUCGAAAAAUAUUCAAGACAUUAAUCAAAUUCAAUUAAAACCAGUGGUCACUAAAAAUACUCACAUAAUAAAUAAUAAUUCAACUGUUAAUAUGACUUAUAAUAAUACUGAACAAAAUCAUAUAACAGGACAUAUAAAAACAUCACAGUCUCUUAACGUUGAUGAAGAAUUCAAAUUAGGAAUUAAAAGUAUGAAUACAGUUUUAUCAGAAAAAAGUCCUUGGGUAAAUGGUUCAGAUAUAUUACAUUCUAAUGAAGUAUCUAAAAAUUGCCACGAUGAACUACCAGUUAUGGCCUUAACACUAGAUCAAAAACUUUAUGACAUGAAUGUAAAUUUGAUUUUGAAAGAAUGCAUUAGAACAUCCUGCUUAACAUGUAUUUAUUGUCAUAAUUCUACUUGUGUGGCAGUUAAUGCUAAACAACUAGCUCUACAUAUGAUAAAACAUCAUCGAUUCAUGACUGUUAAAAAUGAAUCUUCUCAAGAUGUUGUAAAAAUAUUGAAGAGCAAAUUAAAUGAAUUAGAAAAUAUAUAUUUUAAUUCUGAAAGUUUUGAUUCUACUGAUGAAUCAUGUCACAUUCCAUUUAAUAAUAUAUUUUAUUGUUUUAACUGUCAAUUUACUUCCCAACAAAUGAAAGAAGUGAACUCCCAUAAACGUAGUAUACAUUCAAGAAAAACCUUUGAUUGUACUAUGUGUAAAAUUACCUUUUCAAACUAUGGUGAAUUACAUUGCCACUUGUGUCCAGGUACUGAUCUUGGCAAUUGGAAAAAUUUAUCUUUCAGAUGCUUAUUCUGUGGUAAAGGUCAAAUUCCUUCUGCUUUUAGAUGUAUGGUACAUUUGAGAAAAGCCCACAAUGCAUGUGAUUACUGUUUAGAUACAUUUCCUAAUCAGCAAACUUUAGCAUUGCAUGUAAAUAAACACAAAAUGAGACAUAUGUGUUUAAAAUGCAACAUCACUUAUCUUAGUAAAAAAGAUAUAUUUGAACAUAUGUUUUGGAAACACAAUAGAGAUAGUAAAGAAUGUAAAUUAUGUUUAACCAAAAAAUGGCCAUAUACAUACCACUUUUGUGUUCCACCAGCAACGUUUACGUGCGAAGAAUGUAAAAGAACAUUUUCUAAUGCUCUAUUACUAAAAGUUCAUCAAAGAUGGCAUUCAGGUAAUAUUCCAUAUGAAUGUGAUCUUUGUCAUAGCAAAUUUAUUACAAAAAAAUUACUAGUUAAACAUGAAAUCAUUCACAAAAAAGUAACAUCUCCUACUAAAAAAAAGAAAAAGAAGAAAAAAGGAGAUAAUUACAAUCUUCCACCAUUAAAUCUAUCUUCUGAUAGUGAAACAGAAAAAACACCUAGAUACAAAUCUGAUAAAUUUGCUAAAUCUCCUAGUCCGAGCGUUAAUAAUUAUUGGGAUUAUGUAAGUAAACAAAAAAAAGAAUUGGUCCAUAUAGCAUUAUUAGAUCAUGAUUAUACACUUGUAUCACCUAGUCAAACUGAAAAACCUAAAUCUCCACUCUGUCAAGAUGAAAUUAAUACACCUAUUUACAAUGGAAAUGAAAAUAUUUUAAAUAAUUCUUUUAAUAACUCAUCCUGCAAGAGAUCAUCAUGUACUUCACAUUGUGAAUCAUCAACUUCAUCUAGUUCAUGUGGGUCCAAUUGUUCUUGUUCUUCAUCUUGUUCGUCUUCAUGUGAAUCUCACACAGAAAAUAAAAAUGAUAUUGUUAUUGAGAGUCCAAAAAAACAUAAGAAAAAGAAGAAGGUUAAAAAAGUUAAAAUAUUAAGUAUUAAAAAAAUUGCUAAUUUUAACUUGGGUGCAGCGGAAUCAGAUUUAGAAAGUGAAUUUUCAAACACUGAUAAUGAAGAUUAUUAUGAUAUCAAUCCAGUAUCUUUAAGACCUGAAAUAAGUAAACUUUUGAUAGAUGGUUCGCAACAAAUUAAUCCAGAAGUUAAAAAUUAUCAGGACCCUUUACAAAUUCAAAAUGAAUUUUUACCUCAAAUAUCUAUUUCUGAAAAUAACAUACUGAAAAUUUCUAAAAAAACUCAACAGUAUUCUGUAGUAUCAAAAUCUCAAAAACUACAGAACAACGAACAGAGUGAUUGUUUUCAUUUUAAAGAACAAGAGAAUCAUAGUACUUCAAUUGAUAGUUUACCAUCAUUCUAUAAUAAUGAAGUAGCCCAUACAACAGACACAAAUAUAAAAAAUGACUUAAAUAAAACUUCUGCCGAGAUAUGUAAUGGUAGAAGUGUAAUUUAUGAUGUACAUGAAGACUUAAGUAUAAUAUUAGAUAACAAUUAUGAAAUACAAAAUUCUCAUAUCUUAUCACAUUCAAAUAAAAACAAAUCGAUAGAGUCGUCAUCUCUUAAAAAGAAAUAUACAAAACGUCAAACCAAGCCAAAGUUUAUUCCGAAUUCCAAGAAUUCUUCUCAAAUAUUGAAAGCAAUGCCAUAUACUUCUUCUCCACUUUCAGUUAAUUCAUCUAUUUAUUCAACAAAUACCAUUAAUACAACUAAUUGUAGUUUGUCACCUAAUGAUACUCGUCAGUCCAAACGACAACCAAAAAAAAGAAAAUUUUUUGGUUAUGACAGUAGUGAUGAAGAAAUUGCAAAUGGAGACUCAUUUAAAAUUCAAAUAAAUCCUCAAAAAACUCCUCCACCUCAGAAAAAAAAAGUAAAAAAAAAAUUAAAGUCAGAAUUAUCUUAUUUAGUCCAAAAUACACCUAAGUUAUCUACUUCUCAACAAUCAAGACCAAUUGUUGAUGUACGAUUAAGCAAAAAUAAUUUACCUCCCGUUUCCAAUGAAUCAGACAGCGACGACUCUGGUAAUUUAAUUAUAGAGCUACCAAAAUUUGUUGAACAAAAAGCAGUACAAAGUACUGAAAGAUUAUAUUGUCACUGUAGAUGCCCUUAUGAUGAGGUAUCUGAGAUGAUUGCAUGUGAUAAUCCUAACUGUCGAGUAGAAUGGUUUCACUUUGAUUGUGUUGGUAUCACAGUUGCCCCGAAAGGAAAUUGGUACUGCCCUGAUUGCCGUUAAAUAGUAUUUUAAACUGUAAUAUUGUAAUUUUUGUUUGCAACCAAUGUACUUCAUUCUGUUUAUUAUGUAUUUUUUAUACUUAUUUGUUAUAAAUUUGAAGAACUGUUGUAAAAUACUAGUAACUUACAAAAAAAGAAAAACCAGUAUUGUUUUG